CCGCCGACGGCUUCCGCGCUGGGUGUCGUUGGCGUUGCAUGCAGGCAGCGCUGGCGGCGUUGUUGACCGCACGCCAGCGCCGUCGGUCAGCAGUCGCGCUUAUACGUUACGUGCGCGCACAUCCGAGAUUCCGUAGCGCCGGACGUUAAAGCCAGCGGAAGAGGCUGAUGUGAUCGAGGAUGGCUCGCAAAGCUUCGGUCGCCAGCGGCGAGAAGUACGCGACGGCCGCUGCCGCAUUCUGCUGCCGACUCCGGCUCCGCUAGCAGCGUUGUCUGUGACGACGCGCGGCGGCAGCUGGCUUGUGAUCGCACGCGCGUGUAUUUACCAGUGCAAGCACACGCCGAGGCGAUUCUUCCAACGGUCUGCUCAUCUUCGCGUGCCCACCGUCGGGAGGUUCUCCGCAGCGAAGCGUCGGCGAUGGCAUCCAAGGAAGGGGAGACGUUUCACGACGCUAAGGAUGAUGCCGAACCCGAGGUGUUCGAGGAUGCACUUGACGUCUCCAGUCCAAGGAUCGAGACGCGGCCUGCGGACACCGUGAACGUGGAGCGGGCGGCCGAAGAGGCGACCCGAGCCCUCGACCUUCUACUCAGCAACCAGUUCGGGGAGGCGCUCAAGCGAAUGAAGCCCAAGGCCCACGAAAGCAUGUACCAUGCGCUGGGGCAGUCCACCAUCAUGUUCAUGCAGGCAGUGCUCACCAUAGACAUGAGUGACAUCAAGAGUGCACAGGAAGCGAUCCGGCAGGGCGUCGAAGUGUGCAACCGGAUGCGCCGCAGAACCUCGGCCGUGGCACGGAUGCUGCUCCGGCCGGACUACAACACCUACACCAUGCAGGAAAUCCACGCGGAACUGUGCUACGCCGAGUGCCUUCUGGAGAACGCCAUCCUGACGUUCGUCGAAGAUCAGAGCCUGGUGACCUUCAUCAAGGGAGGGCUCAAGAUCCGGUCUUGUUACCAGUCCUACAAAGAAUGUAUGCAAAUGCUGGCAACAAGGAACUGGGAGAGUUCAAAGGAAAAGGAACACUUUGAGAGCGGUGUUCACUUGGGCGUCGGUGCAUUUAACCUGUUGAUCUCUCAACUUCCAACGCGGAUCUUGAAGCUCCUGGAAUUCAUAGGAUUCUCCGGAAACAAGGUGCUGGGAUUGCGAGAACUAGAAGAUGGCUGCAUGAUGCAAGACUACCUCCGUGGGCCUCUGUGCAGUAUUGUGCUUGUGGCGUAUCACACGUUCGUCCUCUACAUCCUGGGACUUGGCGACGGAGAUCUAGAACUUUCUGAAAGGCUAGUGAAGGGCCUUCUAAGUAAAUAUCCAAAGGGCGUACUCAGUUUGUUUUUCAAUGCAAGGAUGCAUCAGGUCAAGGGCCAGAUAGAAAAUGCAAUAAACCAGUAUUAUGAAGCGAUUGAGGCACAGAAUGAGUGGAUUCCUUUCCAUUAUAUUUGCUACUGGGAACUGCUUUGGUGCCAUUGCUUUAGGUGCGACUGGGACCGAGCCAUUGAGACUGCUGACAUCCUGCGCAAGGGUUGUCGCUGGUCCAAGGCCACCUAUGUCUACAUCCAGGCUUCCUGCCUCUAUGCCAAGUACAGGGAGGGCAGUACGGAACUCAUGGAAGAGAUUGGGAACCUCCUCAGGCAAGUUCCGGGCCUCAAGCAGAAAAUUGCCGGCAAAUCCAUUCCCAUCGAGAAGUUUGUCGUAAAGAAGUCUCAAAAGUUCUUCGACAAUGGCCAGCGGCUCACUCUACCUGUCGUGGAAAUUAUGUACAUGUGGAACAGCUUCCCCAUGAUCGGACGCAACGAGAAGCUUCUGCUCCAGAUCUUAGGACUCAUCGAAAACACUCUGCCCACAGUUUCGAGGGAGAAAGAGAUGGACGAGAGGUACGUUGACGACUACUGUCUCGCAAUGCUGCUGAAGGGAGUGUGCAUGCGCUACAUGGGCCACCCCCUGCAAUCUGAGGAGUGCUUCCUGGAAGUUUUCAAGUAUCAGGACCAGAUACUGGAGGACACGUACCUGCUGCCUUUUGCCGCCGCUGAGCUGGGCUUCCUCUCUAUGCAGCAGCAACAGUACACCAAGGCCAAGGAAUGGCUGGACCAGGCCAGGAACAACUACCGCGACUACCUGCUUGAGUCUCUGGUGCACUUCCGGAUCCACUCGGCGCUCAAGUCGCUCCGCAGCGGAGGCCACCUGUCGCCCCGAUCCGACCCGACGACGCCGUCGCCCACCAACUCCCCGUUCCCGUCGCCCCUGAACACGCCGACGCACGGCGUGAUGGUCAACGGCUUCCCUUUCCUGAGCACCAGCCCGGGCAUCACGAAGAAAGUGAUGCACCCGCCCAUUCCGAACGCUGGCGAGGAAGGCAUCGUGGGUGCCGACUGAGUCUCCGAUCAUUCCCAGGGACGAACGUCCCCGAGAACGUGCGACGAUGCACCGAGACACCGCGUUUUAUGACCAGUCAAGAGCUUGUUGCCUGGAGGCACCUUUGUUUUUUAUUUUUUGCAGCUUGACGGGCUCGUGCAAGUUUCAGCUCAAAGGUAGAGCCCUAGACAAAGAGCCUAAUGGCUUAGCUGGUCGUAGCGGCUAUAAACGUGGGUCAUCGCAAUCAUUCCAACUCUGUGAUCAGAGUGUUGGCACUCGUGUUUUUCUUCUUCUGUCAUUGUUCAUACGUUAUGCCCACACAUCCGUGCCCCUCCCACUCCCCCAAUGUUGAAGCGAGCAGCAAUGCCGGGUGGUUUGUUGUGCCAGGCGAGCAUGUUUACUUCGCGGUGAUGUUUCCCGUUCUUGUGCGAUGGGGUGUUGCUUCACGCUGGCAUCGAAAUCCCAGCACGUGCAACUAGCUGCAAGAGGCUUAGAAUUCAAGCUUCCUGUAAUUAUGAAAACAUGCAAGGAAAUGUUAUGUCUUGGGGUAGUUGUGUUCGAUGCCCAUUCUCCGUGAAGAAAUACUGUCAUGUUCUCUCUCUAUCGGAAUUGAUCUUUUGAAGUGUCAACUUAGCGUUGCAUGGCUGACUUUUACCACAUAAACCACAGACUUGUGUCAGUACUUAAGUGUACACGACUGCAAAAGUGUCUUUUUUUUUUUCACAGUUUCAUUGCAUUCAUUGCCUUUGCACUCUCACAGAAAACAUUCAGAUAGGGAUCGUUUGAGCUUAAUUAAAGUCUUAACGAAUUCCAAAAACAGAUAAAAACGAACGUCUUGUAGUACACUCAAACCUCGAUAUAAUGAAUUAUCAGUUAUAACGAAGUAAAUGAAUAAUUUUGUUAUAGGUACAGUGUUAAAAAUAAACGUUUAUAACGAAUUUUCGGAUAUAACGAAGUUAUUUUCGUGGCAGAUGUAACUGUUAUAAUGAGGUUUGAGUGUCUUUUAUUCUGGCAUUCAAAAGUGUUACACAACGAGGGUGCUUUCUUUUUAUUUCUGUCUGAGAGGAAUUCAAAAGCUUUAAGCGUUAUUACAUCCUUUUACCCCAAGCAAACUCAGCUUUGUGUGUGUGUGUGUGUUACAAACCGCAAAAUUAGACGAAUUAGAACUUCUGGAUCCGGAGUGGAUCCGGCAGUUCCAUUAAAGAAGGCACUGAAUGAGUGUGAAAGUCACAUCACUUUAAAGAGAAGCUAAAAGUGCACACGAAUGGGAAUGCACGUGGUAUUACAAUGAUGGCUGUCUCUGAGGGCGCAUGCAGUCUAUGGUGUUCCUGUCACUACAACUUAAAAAAAAAGUAGCUGUCUUAAUCAUUCAUAUUAAGUCAAGAGUUGAGUGGACAUUUUUUUUUUGCACUACCUUGAUGUGUAGCUUGCAUUUCAAUUACAUUUCAGCUGCAUUUGCGAGAGUAGCAUGAGUAAGAAAAAUGUUUUCGGUAUGCAGUUUAACGAUAGUUUAGAAAAACUCUCAAAUUUCAGGGCACUCACAGCACACACAAAGCUCAGCAUCUAAGUGAUUGAGCCAGGGUAAGCAAGCACUCUGGUACUCCCAGCACAAACAGUGCACUUCCAAGCUAAUUCAAUUAAAGCAGUGCAAUCACAGGAUCAUUUAAUGCUUUGACUUUUAUUAAAGAUUGCUUUUUACAGCAGCGCCACGGUUUGGGGCAUGCAACACUGCACUUUGCUGCUGUCGACAGUCAUUCCACUCAAAAUGCGUUUUAGUAUUCGUUUUCUCGCAGCUUCAUCCUGUCACUGUUUGUGCAUUUGCGGAUGGAAGUUUGUGGACCAUGGGUUCAUUGGAAACACUGAAACAGCUCGAAAUUUCAAAACUGUAAUUCUCAGUGCAUGCAGUGUUGAGACCCUACUGGUCAGUUUGAGGCUGCAGCAAAGAGGAAUCUUUCGUCAAAUCUUGUGGUCCACAAACUUUCGUCUCUGACUGUACAAAAAAAAUCCACUUUUGUUUGAUUUCCAAGGGCACGGACCUUGCUGCUAAGGCAGCCAGGAAGGCGUUUGUUUUUUCCCCCCAUACUUGUGUACAUUCUUGUGAUACAUUCCGUUCAAUAUAGAUGAGAUUUACUGUAUGAAAAGAGAGAUAUAUGUGUAGUUCGAGAGUUUGUCGGCCAGUCUUACAAGCAUGCUUAUAUCUCUAGCCAAUAAAACCAGAACUC